AGGAUUGGCCACCGUCUCCACCCUUCUCUACCAUACAGGAAGCUGCUGGACUGCUAACCAGCGAGCUGUCAACAAAGGACACAAUUCAAGCAAAUCCAUGUGAAGGUCGGCGGCUGGGCCGACCUUACUCUCCUCCAUCCAACUUGUAUUCCGUCACAGUGCAACAUGGCAACGACUGCACAAUUGUUCGAGGAGCCCUUUGAUGCAGAUGAGUACAUUGAAAGAUUGGCAUGGAGGACCCCUGGAGGAGGCUCCAAAGGAGGAGCUGAGGCAUUUGACCCCAAACGAUUGUUGGAGGAGUUUGAGAACCACAUUGAGGAACUGAAGCAACUGGAUGAGAAAAUUCAGCGGCGAGUUGAAAAACUGGAACAUCAGUGUCACCGGGAGGCUAAGGAAUUUGCCCACAAAGUGCAGGACUUGCAGAGGAGCAACCAGGUGGCGUUUCAGCAUUUUCAGGAGCUGGAUGAACAUAUUAGUUAUGUGGCAACCAAAGUUUGUCACCUUGGUGACCAACUGGAAGGAGUGAACACUCCAAGACAGCGGGCUGUAGAGGCGCAGCGUUUAAUGACCUACUUCAACGAGUUCUUAGAUGGGGAUCUACGCAGCGACGUCUUCAAUAACCCAGACAAGAUUAAAGAGGCUGCUGAUAUCAUUCAAAAGCUGCAUCUCAUUGCCCAGGAGCUGCCAUUCGACAGAUUUGCAGACGUUAAAGCCAAAAUUGCAAGUAAGUACCAUGACCUGGAGCGACAAUUAAUCCAGGAGUUCACUGCUGCCCAGCGCAGGGGCGAGAUUGGACGUAUGCGGGAAGUGGCAGCAGUUCUCCUACAUUUCAAGGGCUAUGCACACUGUGUGGAUGUAUACAUCAAACAAUGUCAGGAAGGUGCCUACAUUAUGAAUGAUGUGUUCGAGGACACAGCCAUCCUCUGCCAGCGGGUCAACAAACAAGUCGGUGAGGUCUUCAGCAGCCCGGAGACCGUCAUGGCUAAACUUAUCCAAAAUAUCUUCGAAAACAAAUUACAGGCCCAUGUCAGGGAAAAGCUGGACAACACUCGGCAUUCUGAUGUGGAACAAUACCUCAAGAACCUCUAUGACCUUUACACUAGAACUACCGUGUUGGCCCCUAAGUUGACUGAGUUCAACCUGGGCUCUGACAAGCACACCUUCCUGUCCAAGCUCAUCAAGAGCAUCUUCUCCUUCUACCUGGAAAGCUACAUUGACAUGGAGAAGGAGUACCUUCGCAGUCGUGGCGCCAUCAUUCUGCAGCGCUACUACGACUCCAAGAACCACCAAAAACGUUCAAUUGGCACCAGCAGUAUACAAGAGCUAAAAGAGAGGAUCAGACAACGCACCAACUUACCACUGGGCCCUAGUAUUGACACCCAUGGGGAGACAUUUCUGUCACCAGAGUUGGUGGUUAACCUGCUCCAGGAAACCCGGCAUGCUUUUGAGAGGUGCCACAAGCUUUCAGAUCCUGCCGACCUGCCCAAGAAUGCCUUCUCAAUCUUUCUGCUGUUGGUUGAGCAUCUGUGUGUGGACCACAUUGACUAUGCUUUGGAGAUCGGCCUCUCUGCAAUCCCCUCUGCAGAUGCCAAGAAUGCCAAUUUGUACUUCCUGGAUGUGGUCCAACAGGCAAACUCUAUAUUUCACUUGUUUGACAAGCAGUUUAACGACCAGCUUAUGCCUCUUAUAAGUUCAUCUCCAAAGUUGGCAGAGUGUUUGCACAAAAAGAAAGAAGUGAUAGAACAGAUGGAGGUGAAACUGGACACAGGAAUAGACAGAACGCUGAACUGCAUGGUGGGACAAAUGAAGCAUGUCUUGGCAACGGAACAGAAGAAGACUGACUUUAAGCCGGAGGACGAGAACAACGUCAUGAUCCAGUACACUACAGCUUGCUCCAAGGUUUGCGCCUACGUCAGUCGGCAGGUGGAGCACGUGCGAAAGUCUAUGGACGGCAAGAAUGUGGACACGGUGCUGACCGAGUUGGGCGUUCGCUUCCACCGCCUCAUCCACGAGCAUUUGCAGCAGUACAGCUACAGCUCCAUGGGAGGCAUGCUGGCCAUCUGCGACGUGGCUGAAUACAGACGAUGCGCCAAGGACUUCAGGAUGCCUUUGGUGCUUCAGCUCUUCGACACUCUGCACGCCCUCUGUAACCUCUUGGUGGUCGCCCCUGACAACCUGAAGCAGGUGUGUUCAGGGGAGCAGCUCACCAACCUGGACCGCAACCUUCUGCACGCCUUCGUCCAGCUCCGAGUGGACUACCGUCCAGCCCGACUGGGCCGUCACUUCAGCUAAUGACUGGACCAAAACACCCACCCUAAUGGCCUCCGUCCAGUACCGCUGUCAUGCUUCAGUGAGUUGAUGCACUUUGGAAAUAGACACCUCCGCUAUAGAGGAUGCAAUAUUUCAGACUCCUGGGAAUGACACCACAAAAUAUGGUGGCUACGGCUCCUUGAAUGUGGGAUAUUGUGCAUUUUACCUGCUUUUUUUUCUCUCCAUGUUGAUUUCUUUUGAGAUGUUAAAAUGUGUAUUGACUGUUUUUAAAUACUAAUCUAGCAGCACAGUAAAUGGACAUCAUGAUUUAUCUACCAAUGUAAAAAAACAUUAUUUUUUGAUUGUGCCAAAUUUAAGCAUUCUCUGGCUGCUCUUUUGCACCAACGUAAACCCUAAAGCUGCUUUAAAAAGGAGCACAUCUGACCCAAACUAACUUGUCAGGGACAGUCAGCCCGUGAAAGCAUGCGAUAAGAGAGACACAUGACCACCUCUUCGACCUCUGACCCUUGAGCACUAAGCACAGGUCAAGAUGCCACUGCAGUGAAGGGAAAUCCAAACUAUAAACCGGGCUGAGAACCUCUCCAGAGGUUUUGGGUGGUCUACUGUGAUGGGUCACUGAGUAUGUGUGACUGUAAUUACUUGGAUCAACACUUGCUCAAAGACGUUCCCGUCUGGAUGUGCAGUGUUUCUGGGCCAGGGGACAUUGAAAUGUUGACCCCCUGUGAUUAAAGAAACACACCAGGGACGACUUCUUCACACAGGGAUGUGGCUGUCUUUUUUGCACUUCAAGAGAAGACAGACGAUACCUGCUGCCUCCGCAGAGAUGUACUGCUGUUUACUUUAAUCAGUGACUCAUUAAUUAAAGAAAAAAACAUUUUA